ACAGGCCCUGCCUGCUGGGAGGGGGGCCCCCAAGGGCAGUUCUGCCCAUCCCCAGGCUCUCUACUGAUGCUUUAUCCCUCCUGAGACCUCUGGCCACCCCUCCACAGGCCCAGGAUCCCUGUGACACUCAACAUGAAGAUGGUGAUGCCUUCCUGGUUUGACCUGAUGGGGCUGAGUCCAGACGCCCCAGAGGAUGAAGUUGGCAUCAAGAAGGCAGCAGAGAACAUCAAGGCUUUGAUUGAACAUGAGAUGAAGAAUGGGAUCCCUGCCAAUCGAAUCGUCCUGGGUGGCUUUUCGCAGGGCGGGGCCCUGUCCCUCUAUACAGCCCUUACCUGCCCCCACCCUUUGGCUGGCAUCGUGGCAUUGAGCUGUUGGCUGCCUCUGCAUCGGAACUUUCCUCAAGCAGCCAAUGGUAGUGCCAAGGACCUGGCCAUCCUUCAAUGCCAUGGGGAGCUGGAUCCCAUGGUACCUGUUCGGUUCGGGGCCCUGACAGCUGAGAAGCUACGGUCUGUUGUCACACCUGCCAGGGUCCAGUUCAAGACAUACCCAGGUGUCAUGCACAGCUCCUGUCCUCAGGAGAUGGCAGCUGUAAAGGAAUUUCUGGAGAAGCUCCUGCCUCCGGUCUAACUAGUUGCUGGCUCCCAUUGCGGUCCCCAGCUCAUGAGGGACCCAGCAAACAACACCGCACCAUCUUGGAUCUGAGCCGGUCGAGCCCCUGUCCCUUCUCUUCCCAUCCUGUCUUCUUCCCACAGGCCUCUGGGGCAGGUGGCCGAGGCUGGCCAGGCCUUCCUGCUGGCCUCAGUCAUCUGGAAGUCAGCAGCAGGGGUGGGCUGCUUUCUUAUCCACUCCCCCGGAGGCGGGCCCCAGCAGCAGUAUUGGAGGGGCUGUAGGCAGCGGGAGAAAGGGGCCCAGCUGCUGACCCACUCACUCAGGACCUCACUCACUAGCCCCGCUUUGGGCCCCCUCCUGCGACCUCAGGGUUUGGCCCGUGGGGCCCUCAUGGGCCCCCCCACCCCAGUGAUUCUGCCCGGAUAAUCGCGUCUCUCCUGCCUCACUGCAGCUGCUUCUCUGUCACGAAUGUGUCCAUGGCCGGGGCCCUUGCUACUGUGGGCUGCCUGCUCCUGUGCAGGCGAGUUGGUGUGGAGGUAGAGUCCCUCAGGGCCUCCCCUUAGCUCCUCCCCCCAAGGGGGCUGGGCCCUGCCUCCCCAUGGCCCUUCCUUGCAGGCCUGGAGCCUGCAGGGCUGGAUUGAGGUUCAAGGGCCCCUGCUCCCGCUGUCUCACCCCCACUAUGUCCCCACUCUAGGGCCAGGGAGGUGGGGGGAGGGGUUGUGUCUUGUCUUCUGUCUCCAUGUGGUUUUGGGUGUUUUUCUUGUUUUGUCCUGGAUUCCAAUAAAAUUAAAGAAAUUGCUUCCUCAACUCA